UCCCGCCCGUCAGCCGGUCAGCUGCUGUGCACCAAGAUGGCGGCCAGCGCUUCGGCUCUUGUCGCGGUACUGCUCGCUGCCGGGUACGCGGCGCUGGCGUCGCCGGCCACGACGCACACCGUCGGCGGCGUGCACAGCUGGAUGACCGGCGUCGACUAUGCCGCGUGGGCCAGCGACAAGACGUUCGCCGUCGGAGACAAGCUAUUGUUCAGCUACGUGAGGACGGAUCACACGGUGACGGAGGUGAGCAGGAGCGGCUACGACGCGUGCUCCGGCGGCGACGCGCGGAGCGAGGACAACAACAGCGGCCUGACCACCGUCACGCUCGCGACCCCCGGCGCGCACUACUUCAUCUGCGUCGUCCCCGACCACUGCGCCAGCGGCAUGAGGCUCGCCGUCAACGUCUCCGCGGCGCCCCCGGGCGCUGCCGCGACGACAUCAGGCACCGCCGGGGGCGGCCUGCAGGUUCCGGUGACGGUCCCCGUCGUCGUCGCCGCCGCCGCCGCAACGGGUGCUCUGACCAAGCUCGCGCUGCUCUAAGGGAACGCAGCCGCGUCCGUUGGCGCGCGACUCAGCGUCUCAGGGGGCAGGGCAGAGUCAUCACAGAGAUAGUGGAGGCUUGGCUACGUUUGUGGGUGACUGUAAAGGCGUGUACGUGAAAUACGUAGCUGUCGACAUCUCCGCUGCGUUAAACAUUUUCUGGAGAUUGUGCGUGGCUAAUUAUCGGCAUCACCGUAUCAGUGUGUGCUUU